AUGAAAGCUGUUAUCCAACGAGUCAAAUCCGCCUCCGUCACCGUCGAUGGCCAGCUUAUCUCCAAGAUUGGACGGGGACUCCUUGUGCUCGCGGGAGUUGGCCGGGAAGACACAGAAAAAGACAUAGACACAAUGGUCAACCGGAUACUGAAGGCGAAGCUAUUUCCGGCCGAGACAGACAAACAGUGGAAAAGGAAUAUCCAGGAUAUUGACGGCGAAGUACUUUGUGUAUCUCAAUUUACCCUUUUUGGCCAAUUGAAGAAAGGCAAACAACCUGAUUUCCACGAAGCUGCCAAUGCGGAGACUGCACGCAAGCUAUACGACUACUUCUAUAAGCGUCUCGGCGAGAACUACAAUCCCGAACGGAUUAAGAACGGUGUCUUCCAGGCGAUGAUGGAUGUCGAGCUUAUCAAUGAUGGGCCGGUUACGAUUGAGGUCGACACACAAUUACCGAAGAGAGAAAAGGGCGCUGAUGAUAAAGACUCGGAUUCAAAGAAGACAGGAAGCGUGGAGUUCAAGCUGCCCGCAGAGCUUUUAGAGUAG